AGUUCAGUCAGUUUCGAUAUGCCUAUCCGCGCGCGAACGUUUCGAUAAGAUCCGCACGCCACUUCCUUUAUCACUGUCGCUAUCUCGUAGCUCUUUGUCAACGUUUCAAUCGUCAUUUGUGAUAUAUAUGUGAUAUAUUGUAUACAAUUCAAACUAGUCCUGAACGCGUUUUUCUUCGCGAUCGAUCGAUACGCAACGUCCUCCGGUGAUCGAUGGCGACGAAAAUCACAAUGGAGGGCCAACACAUCGAUCUGUCAGUCGAUCGUGUUCCACCGAAAAACGCGGCAAAUUUAAUUCAAUGUGACGUCGACAUGAGGGUGAUCGUGUCGAGCGUGAAGAAGUCAAAGAUGUUCCAAAGAUUCUGCGCCGCUGUUAUGUUCUUUUUAGCGAUCCUCUUUGCCGUUAUGCUGUACCACUUGAGGAGGGAGAUUCGUGCCUUGCAGCUACAAGUGCAAUCUUUAAACGUAAAUUUAUCGCUAGUGACGUCCAAGUACGACAGGCUGAACCAAGACUGGAUUCAAAGGUGCGGCCGACUCCUCGAGAACAGGAAGCUUGACGAUGUGAAAAGACUGUUGGAGGAAGCAUCAUCGAUGUCCAAGACCACAGACGUUAUCGGAAUUCGAAAUAAGAUUAACGACGAUGCCGCGAACCCGUAUGGAGAUUCAACGAAGAAUUCCAGAGAUGGACACGCGUCGCGUAAUGAUGCUUACGGCAUAAACAAUGGAAACAACGUUGCAGCUUCUAAACUGCUUGCGGCGUUAAUAAGCAACGAGGACGACAGAGCUAAUGGUAACCCGCGCGUUGAAAGAGCAGCGUUAGAGAAAGAGAAUUUGACAGAAGGAGCCAUACAGGGGAAGAUUGAUAAUGUGAAUGAUGAUUAUUAUAGCGAUGAUGGUGGUGAUGAUGAUGAUGAUGAUGGUAAUGAUAGUGAUAAUGAUAAUGACUUAGAUAUCUGGAGAGAAUCCCAUUCUGGAAGGUCGAAGAGAGAGGAGGGAAGAGGUAAAAAACGGGCAAAGAACAAAAGGCAGCCCAAACGCAGUCACAGGCGAUUGGGACCUUUGGUAGCAACGUUUGUGGGCGCAAUUCCAGAGCAACAUAUCACAGACACAGUUUACAUUGGUCCGUGGGUCAAAAGUAUUAGAAACAAUACUCAAUACAAUUUAAAUAAAUUCCAUUUGGUAGAGGAUAAGAAAUCCAUCGAAGUCACAGUAACUGGUUUGUACAUGAUUUCUGCACAGAUUUUCUACUUUGGCGAGCGAAUAAACUACUCCUAUUGGAUAUUAUUAAGCUCAGAAGGUAAAUCCAGUACCCAGAAACUUGUGAAAUGUUCCACAGCCUCUUCUCCGUCGGCCACAGAGGUAUCCUGUUAUACAAGUAUAAUAACUCCGUUGCAGAGAGGUGACAGAGUUCACAUUCAGCAACAGGAAAAAGAUCGAUUGAUAAAUAUGCGAGAGGGAUACAGUUACAUACAACUGGUACUUCUGUCUAAUAAUGUCCGUAAGAAGCGUUUUACGAUAAAUUGAAAAGUGUAAGAAUCGAGUGUUGUGCCAUGCAAUAGUGAAAAAAAGAACUUUCAUAUUAAUGUGAUCAACGAGAAAGUAAAAAAAAAAGUUACUCGUAAGUGUGAAUCAAAUGAUCGAAAUUUUAAUUUUAAGUUUAAAGUUUUGCUUUAUAUGCAAUUGACUUUUCCAUUAAACAAUCUUCCUCUUUAUAUUAUUCCUAUUUUUGUUACUUUUUUCACGUAAUGUAAGUUUUUUAAUUUUAUACAAAUUGAAAUUGAACGUAGGAAGAGAUGCAUAAUGCAUAAGAGUAAAAGAGAAAUUUUUAGCAUCAAUGAUUCAAAUUUACGUUCGUAUACGUUCAUGUCUACUUUGAAAUUGUACUGCUGUGUAUUUUUUUUUAUUUCUUAAAGACAAGGAAAAUCAAAGAUGUGAUGCUAUGUUUUAAGAAUCACACUUUGUAACAACCAUGUGUAACCAAUUUCAUUGAAAAAUUUUAAAAAGUAUUAUAUCAAUAUGUAAUGUUGUUAAACAAUCAUUCUGAAAGAUUUAAAAAAUAAAAGUUCUGAUUGUAA